AUGUCAUCGGCAACAUCGAAAUCCGAGGGCACCCCUACCCCGCCUACAUUUUCAUAUGCGAUGGCCGCAAAAGGUCGCGUAAUUUCAACUGCAAAUUCCGCUAUGCAAUCAAGCCAGGCAUCAGCUUCUGGUGUCAGCACACCCGCCAAGGAAUCGAAUUCCGUAUCAAAUACACCUUCAGCGUCGGUGAAUGGAGCAGCAGCGUCUGAAAAUGGAGAUCGAAAUACCAAUGGUUCUACCGAAGUUCCAAGUAAGAGCGAUCCGCUAGGAGUUGGAUUAAACACAGAUGCGAACCCAACAUCACAAGUAAGCGCAGGUUCCACUCCAGAAUCGCCAAGUGUGGUUGCUACUUCGAGUGCAACAAUACCAAAGGAGGAGGAGCUCGCUUUGAAUGCAGCUGCGGAUGAUUCUGAGCAAGGAUGGGAGAAAGCUGGGCGAAAUAGAGAAGAAAAGCCUUCUCCGGAGGCGAUCGAGGGCAGAAAGUCUAAAAAGUCCAAGAAGCAAAAGAAGGACGACAAGGAGGCAGAAAAGGAGAAAGAGAAAGAGAAAGAAAAGGAAGAAGUGAAGGUGCCAGAGGUUCCUCUGGUGCCAGCUCCGCCCCCGGCUGUCAACUUUUGGGAGCAGCGCAAAGAGGCACAAGCCGCAAAGACAAAGUCGAGCCCAUCAAUACCUCAAACAGCAAAUUUCUUAGGUGAAACCUCAAGUUCCACUCCAACUCCAAAAGGCAUCGAAUCUAGGCGAAAGGGAAAGGCUUCUGUUGAAGAUGAGAAGGCAUCGCAGACUGGCAAGGAUAUUAUCUCAAAACAAGGCCAAAAGAAAGGCACAGAUAGUCUGACUAAGGGAAAGGAGGAUUCAACCAAACGACCUGCAAGAGGCAGUAGGAGCUCUGAAGAUAAAGAUAGGAGUGCUGGCAGUUCAUUGCCCCCUCCAGUCGAUGACUCUUUGGCAUGGCCAACACCGGAAACUGCACUGGAAGAGGAGAAGCGAAAGCUUCAAGAGGAAGACAAAGUAAAGAAGGAUGAAAACUCCUCCAACAAACCAAGGACGAAGGAGAAGUGGGUCCCAGUACCAUACACUCCAUCGGUCACAUUCAAUACCCCGCUACCUGUUCGAGGUGGUCGAGGACGAGGUGGUGCUCGUGUAGGUCGUGAGGGCGGACGUACCAGUCAUGUACCAAAUGGUACUGCUGCAGAGAAGUUGCCAGGAAGUGCCACUAAGCCUGCCGAGUCUGGCGAAGAACCCGAAAAACGUGGGCUCAGAUCAUCAUCACUUCCACCAAACUCUUCUAAGAGACUUUCAAAUGAAGAUGAAGUCAGUCGUGAUGCACGCAAGCAUACACCAAAUGCCGAGAAAUCAAAGGGUGGUGCCAACAAGAAUGAACCUGUAUCACCAACUGACACUGGGCGAACUUCAAGUUCCCCGCAAACCGAUAAGGGUAAUCAAACUAGUCAAAAAGGACAAGGUGUUGGCGAAGGACAAUUCUCAGCAAGAUCUGGCUUUGGCGACCGCAGAAACGAUGGCUCCGGAAGCUCUGACUUCAAAAAUGGAAGCAAGGAUCAGAGAGCUGAGGGUCGAGCAGAAAGAGGCCGUGGAGGUUAUCGUGGCAGAGGCUCUCACAGUACUUUUGCAAAUGGCCAUGCUUUUGCCAGUGGCCAUAAUGCGAUUCCUCCUUACCAAGGGCGUCAAAACUCAACACCAUACAGCCCCCCACCUCAAGGACCCUUCAGCCACCAAUACGCACAAGCUUCUUCCCGUGGCCGCGGUAGCUCGAGAUCACAAUCUAUUCCAAAUGUUGCCAUGUAUCCAAGAGGUGGCUACACAAAUGGUAAUCAACAGAUGCCAGCUCUUCAAACCAUGUACGACUAUGUACCAAUGCAGACCAUGAGCGCUAUGCCAUACGGUCCUUUUGACGGCCAGUCUGCUACUGUUUUGUCAAUGGUGAAGAUGCAAUUGGAAUAUUAUUUCUCGAUAGACAAUCUUUGCAAAGACGUCUUCUUACGGAAACACAUGGACUCUCAAGGAUUUGUGUUCCUGCACUUUGUGGCCGGGUUCAAGAGAAUCCAGUCUCUUACAUCAGAUAUUGACAUGUUGAGAUACGCUUGUCAACAGUCUACCGAGAUAGAAAUAGUCAAGGGCGAGGAUGGUGUGGAUAGAAUUAGAAGACGCGAUGGUUGGGAUCAGUGGGUCAUGCCAUCUGAGGAAAGAGAAGAGUCAAUGAAGCACAAUGAUGGGCCAACUACACUUAUUCGCGAGAACCAUGGACCACCAAGCCACAUGGGCCAAAUGAUGAUGCCAGGUCAAGAGAUAGGCUCACCAGCCUUCAGCCCCGGUGGAAACGAUUAUAUGAGAUAUGGCAACGGAACCACCCAAGCGCCUUUGGCUAAUGGUAACAAUAACCACUAUCACGAAGAGACACCACUUUCAGCUGCCGUUCCUAACUUUACUCCUGGCCUGUUACCAUUAAACGGAAACACCGUCCCUUCGCCCGAUCCUUUAGCACCAGAAACCACAUUCACCGAUGAACAAAUCGAGGAUCUAAAUCUAGUGUUUGCACAAUCUUCCCGUGAGACGAGCGAUCAAAAACCCGCUAGGCACCCAUACCACAACUCAUCUUCAAGAACUUUCUCCAAUGGUUCAAUUGAUGGUAGGUCUAUUAAUGAGGAGUUGUCCGAAGAACGCCAAGGUCGACCCUUGGUCAAUGGGUCAAAUCCCCAAGAAAGCUCUUUAGAAGGCAACUUGAGGGCAAUGUCUCCCCAUUCAAACUACAGCAAUGCCCCAACAGUCAUGUGGGUCAAGGAUCAAAGACGACAAGCAGCCAUCUCCGAAUCCAACACCAUUGAAAAAUAUGCUAUCUUCCGUGAGAGAGCAACCAGACUCCGAGAAGCCAGUCAGCCUGGUGAGACUCAUAGUGACAUGGAGCUUCUUUACAAGUUCUGGGCCCACUUUUUGUGCAGAAAUUUCAAUCCAGGCAUGUAUUACGAGUUUCGCAAAUUGGCACUUGAGGAUAGCCAUAACAACGCCUCUACCGGAAUGGAGCAAUUGAUUCUUUACUACGAUGAAACCCUUAACAACAAGAAGAAAACUAUCAACGAGGUCUUAGCCGGACAUUAUGUUGAUGUUGUCAAGGGCGACGAUUCUCCAAUCCAGCGAUCCGCAUUUGCGAAACUUCGAACUUCUUUACGCAACGGUGCUCUCGAUUUGAAGAGCCGAAAGAGGAUCGACAAUCUACUGGAUGCUAAGUUGAAGGAACUACUUGAGCAAUAG